UUGAUUUAACAGCCCCUAAAUGCUAACCCCUGUGUUGUUUAACCUGAGAGAAGUCUGUCAAUCUUUCUGCCGGACCUGUGCUACAGUGUAAUUGAUACGACGGUAAUGAUUCAAUGCGAUAGCUUGACCACUGGGUCGCUAUAAAAGCGUGAUCAGGGCCGCGGCACCGAACCAUCUCUAACGUAACCGCUAUACCUGUACAAUCAGCUGAUAGCUGUCAACGCGAAAGGAUGCAUCGUUCAUUCCCUUCUCUCCUGUUCUCUUCUGUGUUGCUCUCUACAGUGUAUGCUGUAGCGAUCAACCAAACAAACGAUACUUACCAAUCCUUAGAACAGGAGAGUAAGGAACUCACUUCCAUUCCAAAACAAGAUAAAUUAACAGAAGAUCUAUAUGCAGAUGAUUACUAUUCAGACAUUUUACCGGAGUUGACUUUGGAACGUGAUGGCAGUACUGAUGUCGAAUAUGAUAUGCUGAAUGAUACUACAAAUGCAACGUCCUUUCAUGACUAUGAAGAAGUUAAAUAUCCAAAGCAUAAAAAGUGUCAAAUUUGUAGAAUUAGAGAUGAACAGAAACGACAUCGAGUGGAGGCAAUUAAAAACAGAAUUUCACAUGUCUUGAAACUGGAUGUACUUGGCAUGCCAAACACGACAGCGAAACGAUUACCAAAGGUACCAUCGUUUUUACGUUUACGUGAAAAAUAUGAAAAUGCGCAAAUGCAAUCUGAUUCACCAAGUAGACGAAAGGAGGAAAGACUGCGGUACCAGGACGUACAGGAGGAAUAUGGCCAACCGGAGAGAACAUAUAGCUUUGCAAAAGAACUACCUGACGAUAUGGACCAGGAAUUUCCAAACACGAUAUAUUUUGAAAUGCAAGUCACACCAGAGAAAGAGACCAACAAAGCUCUGUUAUGGGUUUACAUCAAUCCAGAUGAUGUCUUAGACAGGAAUAUGACCGAGAUAUAUGUAUAUACAAUUGACCCACCCGGUAAAUUCAGUAAAGUUCCCACUAAACGGGAAAUUGGAAGAAGAAAACGGCACAACAUGAAAGCUUCAGGAUGGCACCAUUUUGAUAUACUAGAUGAGGUUCAGAAAUGGACCUACAGAACACAUCUGAAUCUUGGACUUGUGGUAGAAGCUUUGGAUGAGACGGGUAGAAAUCUGGUAGUACUUCCACCAACGUUUGGAGAUAAUGAUGGAUACGAACCUAUGCUGGAUCUGCGCACCUCUCUGAGGAAGUCAACACGGUCUAAGAGAUCUUCCGAGCUCUACUGUGACCAAAGAGAGGAAACAGCUUGCUGUAGAUACCCUCUAGAGGUUGAUUUUGUCGCGUUUGGAUGGGACUUUGUUAUAGCACCCUUAACAUAUGCUGCUUACUACUGUGCAGGAGAAUGUAAGGGCGAACAAUUGGACGAUACACUACAUGCUCAUGUCAUCCAACAAGCACCGUCCCCAACCUUGAGUCAGCCAGCGUCAGCUCUUAGCAACAUCGGUCCAUGCUGCACUCCGACAAAAAUGUCCGACUUAAAUAUGCUUUUCUUCGACCAUAACUCCAACAUAGCAUUAACGCGAUUGCCCAGGAUGAAAGUAGACAGAUGUGGAUGUGCGUAAGUGAAGGAUAACCCGUUAGAAAGAAAGAGACAGGAUGGUCAUGUAUCUGCGAAAUAGUAAAGGAUGUUUGUUUGAUUGGGAUGAUGGAAACUAUUUGUCUUUCAACCAUCUUUCUCCUCGUGAUUGUAGUGCUGGUGCAACUAAACAUAUAAAACCGGCUUUGAGAUACAGAAAUGAUUGUUUUACAAAUAAGUAGAGAAAGAGACGACUGAAUAGGGCAGAUAGUACCAAGUAUAUAAACAUUACCAUUUGCUGACUUUACAGAGCAAGGUGUAAUAUAUAAACACGAAAUCCAUAGGAUGGCAUCGUGUUGAGAACGCAUCACCUUAAAGGUUAUUGAGACGCUACUGUUUAUAUUAUAUUGUUGUCUUUUGGUGCUUUUAGAGAUAAACAAUGCAUCACGUGGUGCUACGUCAUACAUUUGCGUCUUUCCUGUCGAUCUCAUUAUGUACGUCAUUUCCGUCAUAGUCGCUAAAGCGACAGCUCUAUCUGCCAUAUUAUUUAAGUGUGUACUCUUAUCACCAAGAUAUAUAGUUCAUACCAAACUGUGCUAUAAUUGCAGAGCUUUUAAAAUCUCUAUGUAUUGUGUUCUAUGUGUGUCGUUCCCAUUUCAAUGUUACUGUCAUUGUGUUACUCUCAAAUGUUCUUUGUUAAUUGCAUAGAUGUUACCUUGUCAAAUAGACAAUUUUACAAAUUCUUGAAAUAUAUUUUGUAGUAUCUGUAUGAAAUGCAUAUAGAUAUUAAUAUUAAUCUAAUUACAGAUAAAUGGUUGUAUUUCAAAUAUAUCAAUUUGGUUAAUUGUAUUGAUAAUGACCAUUGUUUAUAAAUGAAAUAAUUAUGAGUAAGUUUUAAUCUUUAUGAAGUAUAGAAAAUAUUUUGGAGUUUAACUCUGAAGUGGUAUUGUGUUACAACCAUUCUAAAUGGUUAAGAUUAUAUAUCAAAGCAUAAUAUAAUUGUACAUUUGAUGUAUAGUAUAGUUCAGUUAACGAGAACGAAUUAAUCCGUGACAUCAAUUUAUAUGAUCAAGAGCAAAUAUGUUUAGAUAUACAAUUAAUCAAAUCUUAGUUUGAAAUAAUAAAAACAUUUAAAAGUGGAAUCGUAACCAUGCGGUAAAAGAAAAUAUCAUAAAUAACGAAUUAUUGAGUUGAAUAGUGAUACAAUAUAUGUAUAUAUUAUUAGAUACAAUUACAUGAAAACUUAUGCUAUUUCUUUCAUUCGACGCUGUUAUUCGUCUCAUUGUGUAUUUUUUGUUUCACUUGUCCCAUAAUUUAGAAACUUAUUGAACAACGUCAAAUGCAAAUGAUUUGGACAUUGCUUUAGUACAUUCGAACCCCAACUUAGUCAUACCUAUCUUGUUUCUAGCUGACUUAACGGUCAGCAGUGUGACCGUAUACUGUACCAUGACAUUGAUUUAAAUCAGCAGUAUGUCAAUUCGUGUCGUUUCAUUCGUAGUCGGUGCAUUGGUAUUGAACCUAUUUAAAUGUGAUGACAAAGAUUCGUCAUUUCGGUUCAAUCACCAAAAAUAACGUUGGAAGCUUAUACCUUAACGAAACAGCAUAAUUGCUGUGAUUACAAAUAUAACUUGUAUAUAUGGCAAAGCACGGAGUGCUAAAAUAUCUGACUCAAUUUUAAAAUGAUGUAAUUUUGUUAGCAAUCCAGCGAAGCAUUAGGGUAGUAGCACCACAUAUGUAGAUAAUAUUUCUUGACAUGAUUCAUGCUUCUUUUGCAUUCCAAAAUAUCAUAGCUAUAUGUGAUUGACAAACAAGUAGAUUAUAAUAAUACAUUAGCAUUCAAUCACAGCGUUAAACGUUUUGUGUCAGACGCCAUAAUAAUUAGAGACCAAAUGUUCUAUGUUCAAUUACGAGAAAUGUUUUAUUGUUGAGAAUGCGGAGUGCCUUCUGUGAUGUAUUGACAUCGGAGAUCUGUGAUAGACAAACUCAUUAAAUGUGAAAAUUUCAA